AUCAUAUUAAAGCCACUAACGAAUGUCGUAUUAAAACUCUCUCUACCCUGAAGGCCAAACACGAGAUCUGAAUUUCUUCCUCAUAAUACCUCCAGAUCUGCUCGUGAUAUCGCGGAUUCGAUCCCACAGUUUCGCUCCCCUGUUGUCAUCUUGAAUUUGCAGAUCGGCCAUGGAUUUCAUGAAGGUUUUCGAUCAGACUGUCCGCGAGAUAAAGAGGGAGGUGAAUCUAAAGGUGUUAAAGGUUCCGGAGAUGGAACAGAAGGUGCUUGAUGCAACAGAUGAUGAACCUUGGGGCCCUCACGGCACUGCAUUAGCAGAAAUUGCACAGGCAACUAAAAAAUUUUCUGAAUGUCAGAUGGUUAUGAAUGUUCUGUGGACAAGAUUAGGGGAGACAGGAAAAGACUGGCGCUAUGUGUAUAAGGCAUUGGCUGUUAUAGAGUAUUUAAUUUCUCAUGGCUCUGAGCGUGCGGUUGAUGAUAUAAUAGAACAUACUUUCCAGAUCUCUUCACUGACAAGUUUUGAAUAUGUUGAGCCAAGUGGGAAAGAUAUGGGAAUUAACGUGCGGAAGAAAGCAGAAAAUAUAGUAAAUCUUUUGAAUAAUAAAGAUAAAAUACAAGAAGCUAGAAAUAAAGCUUCUGCAAACCGUGACAAGUACUUUGGCCUUUCAUCAAGUGGAAUAACAUACAAGUCUGGUGCACCCACAUUCAGUAGUGGGGGCUUUAGUGGUGAUAGGUAUGGAGGCCUGAGUGGUAGUAGAGAUGGUGACAGUUUCCAGGACAGUAGCAAAGAAAGGGACUGGUAUAGUGAAGAAAAGACUGAUACAGAUACCUAUGGAAAGUCACGUCGAUCAGCUUUGAAUGAGGGCCAAAGGAGCACCUCAAAGAAAGACUACACACGCUAUGGCAGCAAGGAUCAAGAUCAUAAAUUCUCAUCGAAGUCUAGCAUGUCGAAUAAAUACAGUCAAAGCACAAACUCUCCUUCAAAUGAUUGUGAUGAUGAUUUUGAUGAUUUUGAUCCCAGGGGAACAUCCAGUACUAAGGUGGCUUCUGGAAGUUCUAACCAAGUGGAUCUGUUUGGACAAAGUUUGAUUGAUUUUGAUGAACCAUCAUCUGUUCCGACAGAAAAGCCUGCCAUCAGUAGCAAUUCCUCAGAUGUUGAUUUAUUUGCUGAUGCAACUUUUGUCUCAGCAUCAGCUCAAGCAGAAAGUAUAGCAACUUCUCAGACACAGCAGAAAGAGGUGGAUCUAUUUGCUUCACAGCCUACCAUGACUUCUGCAGCCUCUUCAACAGUUGACUUUUUUGCUGCCCCUGAUCCAGUUGUGCAACCGGAAACUAAGGCUCCAAAACCUAAUCAGACAAUUGCUAGCAUUGUUGAUCCAUUUGCAGCUGUUCCACUGAAUAAUUUUGAUGGAACUGAUAUGUUUGGUUCAUUCACUUCCCAUUCUGAUACAGUGUCAACAGAACCAGCACAGAAUCCUGCCAAUGAAAACAAUCUUAACAACUUGACUGCAAAAUCUCUGGAAGACCCUAAACCUCCUCAAAGGAAGGAUUCUUUUCAGGUGAAAUCUGGAAUUUGGGCUGAUACACUUAGCCGUGGACUGAUUGAUCUUAAUAUAGCUGCUCCCAAGAAGGUAAAUCUUGCAGAUGUUGGCAUCGUGGGUGGAUUGAGUGAAACAGAUGAAAGGGAGAAAGGACCAACUUCAUUUUACAUGGGGAGGGCAAUGGGUACAGGAUCUGGUCUUGGUAGAACCGGUUUUCCAUCCUCAGAACCAGGUGGUGGAGAUGAUUUCUUCUCGUCUCUCGGUGGCCAACAAUAUCAGUUCAAUAGCUUGAAGAAGUAAUUUUCCUCAUUUUCCCGUAAAAUUCUUUCACCAAUUUGGUAAUGUCAAUUAAGAUAUUAUACCCGCCGGUCUUCUAGGAAUGUCCUUAAAACAUCAUAAAGUUCGGUUAUUUGUCUUUGUGCCCAACAUUAGUGCAUAUACUACUGCUUCUUGAUGCCUUCUGAUUUUAGGCCUUCUGUUCUUUGGGUGCAAAUGUUGUUUAUGUGUUUUGUUAUUACCAUUAUCAUUGUUUGAAAUAACAAAUGAUAAAAGUAGAAUUGUUGA